AUGAACGACAACCACCCCGAUGACCACCUGUUCCACCAGGUGCCCGAGCUUAACGACCACCGCCUCCACCCGGAACUCCCUCCCGCCGUCAGAGGAGGCGAGCUGGCGAUCGAUGACGACGACGGCUCGAUCAACGAGUUGCCGCCGCCGCCGCUGCGCCGAGAUCGACGGUCUCUGCGCCCCGCCGACGACGACCCCGCCCCGUUACCCGGUAUCCGUCCUGGUCGUCUGCGGCUGGUGUUACACCAGGAAACCAGUGACGGUAUUCUCCUCAACCACCGCCACGAUUUAACCCGCCACUUGUCCAACGACACCCAGCGCUCUCAGCGCCGAGGUCUGCGGUCGCUGGUGGUGCUGGACGCCGACUCCCACGGUCUGCGUAUUUCUCAGGAAACCGAAGAGGACGUGUGUUUCCCGUUGAUCCGUGAACACGUCCGUGUUAAUGGCAUUGACUUUGACGAAAUCGAAGAGUUUAUCCGUGAAGAACGUAUCGAGGAAAACCGGAUCAAAGACGUUCAAUUGGCAUUUGAACGCUCGGAGAUCAACUCGGUACCCGUGGCUACUGGGCGCCAGCCACUGGCACUGGCGGUUAAGUACACUCCGAAACACUUGUUGCGUAAGUACUUUACCAACCAGCUGAAGUCGGAACUGGACGAAGCUGCUCUGAACCAAAGCGUCCACGUUUUCGAUGAAAAAGAUGACAAAAAGGAAGCCCACCCUACUGUAUUGAAUCCUGAAUUGGCUCAUACUAUGGACCUGCUGACAGCCGACGAUGCCGACGCCGAAGUGAAGUUUGGUGGUACCCGUAUCCCUGAGCCUCAAUUUGGCGCGUUACCCGAUCGGUUCUCGCUUUUCCACAGCGAUCGCGAGGAAACCAUUCACUCCCCCGAUAUCCCCGGGCUUGUGGGCCCCGGCGAAUCGGUGGCGGAAGUGUUCAAAAACGGUCACGGCACCUGGUGGCUUGACUGCACUUGCCCUACCGAUGCCGAGAUGAAGGCGUUGACCAAGGCGUUCGGGAUCCACCCGUUGACGGCGGAAGAUAUCCGGAUGCAAGAGACGCGGGAAAAGGUGGAAUUGUUCCGCAACUACUACUUUGUGUGUUUCCACACGUUUGAGCAGGAUAAGGAGCUGGCCGAGUACUUGGAACCCAUCAAUGUGUACAUUGUGGUUUUUAAGGAAGGCGUGUUGCUGUUCCACUUCUCCCCCGUCCUCCACGCCGCCCUGGUGCGGCGCCGGGUGCGCCAGUUGCGUGACUACGUCCAAGUACUGGCCGACUGGUUGUGUUACGCCCUCAUCGAUGACAUCACUGACUCGUUCGUCCCCGUGAUCAACGGUAUCGAAUACGAGGCCGACGCCAUCGAGGACGCGGUGUUUGUGCGUGACCAGGACUUUGCCGGUAUGCUUCGUCGCAUCGGGGAGCUGCGCCGUAAGGUGAUGACGUUGAUGCGGUUGCUUUCGGGUAAGGCUGAUGUGAUCAAGAUGUUUGCUAAGCGGUGCCAGGAUGAGGCUAACCUCGACCAAUACGGCGCUACCCCCGGUAUCGUGUCGCCGACGCCUCACUUUGGUGCCCCCGGAGUAUCGUUUGGUCCCGGCCCCCUCGCCCCGGAAAACCCUUCGUUUGGUACUAUGCCUGCUCAAUUUGGCCCCACUCCCAUCCCUACUUACAACGCCGGAGCCGCUGCCGCUCUGCCGGCGCCUCAACCAGGCCCUAGCAGUGCCAUCCCUGGUCCCCUUCCUACUGGAUCUGGUACCCCUACUGGCACUGGCACCCCUCUCGGCGGUGCUGCCAUCCCGGGCCCUCCCACGCCCCCCAGUGGUGACCAGCCAUACAUGGCUCAACCGAGAGCCGACAUUGCUCUUUACCUUGGCGAUAUUCAGGAUCACUUGGUGACGAUGUUCCAAAACUUGUUGGCGUACGAAAAGAUCUUCAGUCGCUCUCACGGUAACUAUCUUGCCCAGCUUUCGCUUGAGUCGUUCUACUCCAACAAUCGCAUCACUGAGAUGUUUAGUAAGGUGACCCUCAUCGGGGCGAUCUUGGUGCCGCUCCACCUUAUCACGGGGAUGUUCGGGAUGAACGUCACUGUUCCCGGUGAGCAACAAGGUAACUUGAAGUGGUGGUUCGGUAUUUUGGGGGUGAUGUUUGGUAUCGUCAUCAUUCUCGGGUUCCUCGCCAACUUGUGGUUGAAGCUGGGCACUAAAGAUAUGCCCCGCUUCGAGAAUAGUUCGCGUCGCUCGAUGAAGAGCUUCAAGAUGCGGGCGAAGGACGCCAAGAGUAUGUUGAGUUUCCCGAACAAAUGGGAAUAG